CAGCUUUUAAAACAUCAUCGUUCCCAUUCAUUUAUUUAAGGCCCUUACUAUAGUUUUAUUCCAUUACUUAUUAUAACUAUAUCAAAAUGAGGUGGCUACUCGCAUCCAUCCUCACCUUCACCCUCACAUCCGCCCAACAAUGCUACUUUCCCGACGGCACCAAAUCCAACGACGUCCCCUGCAGCUCUGAUAAAUACACGCAUUGCUGUUCGGCAAACGACAUCUGCCUGACCAACGGACUCUGCUAUAGCGUCAGCCACCAGCCAUUCGUGCUCUCCCGGGCCAGCUGCACCGAUCAGAAUUGGGGGUCGAGUUGUCCGCAGUAUUGCUAUGGCUCACAAGAUAACACCGACGGCGGCUGCACCAUCACCAACCUGCGCUUCCUGCACGGCAUCUCAACCUACUGCUGCGGCAACCCCGUGGUCGACCCGAAAUACGGCAACGUCAGCUGUCUGAACGGCGAGGAGCCCUUCACCAUCGGUCCAGCAGAGAUCAUCCCGGGACGGGCAGGACUGUCCAAUCUAACAGCGAAGUCAACUUCAUCGACGAAUUCAUCGCAUGCAAACACGACAUCGUCAUUCCCCAUCCCGUCUGGCGUCUGCGACAGCGAGAAAAAGAAGAACGUCGCCAUUGGAGCAGGCGUGGGUGUCCCGUUGGGCGUGAUUGCACUGUCUGCGCUGCUAUGGGGAUUCUGGGAGCGAAAGCAACGGGCAAAGGAGAGGCAGAUUGAGCCUGCCUUUGCGCAGAAAGGAGCGAUUCCGUUUACUGGCGUCAACAGGAGCAAUGAGUAUGGGAUUAACCGGGGCGGUGGGUCUGUUGCGUCCAGCAGGUCAAAUGCAGUCCCAGUGAAUACAUUCGAGGGAUUCAAUGGCUUCCACGCCGUCACUGCACCCAAGGAAAUUGGCGUUGCGGUUGGAGGAAUUGCACCGCAGAGUGUCUUUAUGCCGCCUCCUCCAGUCGAACUGAGUCAACCAUCGCCAAAGGCAGAGCUGGAUGGCGGAGUGAGAUAUAUUUAAUUGUAUAUACCAAUUGUAUAGUGUAUUAUAUUAAUCAAAAACAGCCUGGAAGAUCUUAUAAUUUAACUCUCCCCUCGUAUCCAACACGGCAAAGACAAUCUCCUCAAACACUCCCCUCCACUCGUCUUCGUCCAGCACUUCCUUGUAUAUCCUGGCGACUUCAGCUGGAGGAUUCCUAAACGCACCACAGCCCAGUGCACCAAGCACACAAUGCGAUAUCUUAUUCUCCGCCAGCACGCGCAGGAUCUGGCGUAUCUUAUUCUUCACUAUCUCAACAUCACUCGCAUUCGCUACCCCAUCAUCAUUAGCAUCGAUUAUAUUCAAGAAAGAAAGCAAAACAUACCAUACUUCCCACCACCGGUAACCAACGGCCUCCUCAACGCAGCCAUACUAAGAACAUCCACG